AUGGUGGCUCUCCAGCUGUGGGACGAGUCUUCUGGAAAGUACAGCUUACAGGUGGGUGAUUUUCAUAUUUGGGAACGCUUGUGCGUGUGAGACUGAGAAACUUUUAGUCAUGGCUCUUUCCCAGUGUCUCGAGGACUCACCAGGCUGGCGCACACCGAGGAAAGAGCAGGACUCGAACCUUAACGAGCUCUACAAUGAGAGACACCGACUGGCUUUGGAGGAGCUGGUGGCCGGGGGAGUGCAGUCAUUCAUGGGCUUCCUCAAGAAAGAGAGAAUGCCCAACUUUCUAUCCGAAGACGAGAUCAGGAGGGUUUAUCGCGCGGCUGUGGUGCCCAAAACAAUCUCAAUCAACGGAGACGAUUCUCAUCUGGAUCAGUCGGGCACCCUGGACUGCUCAUCUGUCACUUACUUCCCGGAGGUCUCUGACAUUGAGCCCCCGGUGCUGGAGAACGGCUGGCCGGCGUUCACUGCAGGCUCGUACCGCGGAGUAACGCGAGCGGUCGCCUACUUCCAGCCGAGCUACGGAGAGUGCAUUUACAGCUGCAAAGAAGCAGCCAGGAGGAUGAUCAGAAAUGCCAAGGAGGUGAUCGCCAUUGUGACAGACUCUAUGACAGACCUGGACAUCUUCCAUGAUCUGCGGGAAGCUUGCACACGCCGCAGAGUCCCUGUUUAUAUUCUUUUAGACCAGUCUUCUGUUGCCUCUUUCUUACAGAUGUGCAAAAACCUUUGUGUACACCUGGAUGAACUCCUGCAAAUGAAAGUACGGACCAUAACAGGCUCUACCUACUACAUGCGAUCAGGUGCUCGGAUCACAGGAAAGGUUCAUGAGCGUUUUAUGCUGAUCGAUGGAAACAAAGUGGCAACAGGUUCCUACAGGUUCAACUGGACGGAUGGCAAACUCAACAGCAGCAACCUUAUCGAAUUAUCAGGCCAGAUAACUGAGAAAUUCGAUGAGGAGUUCCGUAUCCUCUACGCUCAGUCUCUACCGCUGCCAGUGAACACGCGAGCCCCCUCUAGUGCCAGAAACUGCAGCUUAUAUGACCACCUUGUCCUGAAAGCACCUGGAACGCCUCCCUCCUACUUGGCACGAACAACAAAGCCUCAAGCGGAGCGUCUGACGAGCACUCCAGCCAGACUUCAGACCCCAGAGAUCCAGCGGAUGAAUAAAGACAUUAAAGAGCCAGACAGAAAGAGUAACCCAGUUUCUGACUCCUCCACUCUAGGUGAAGACCUAGAACUGGUGCUCGCCUCAGCUGACCCUCCUCGCUUGCCGUCAACCACUGUUAACUCUCAGACUCAGACAGUGGAUGUGACGAUUGUGUCUUGCUGUGACGUCUCGACACAAACUACCUGCCACACGGCUGAUGUGAGCGUACAAACAUGCAAAGAGCCUCAGAACUCAAAACCCUCAAGUGAACAUCAGAAGGUGGACAGUUGCCCGCCGAUCUGCCCCCAGCCACAAGAUGUCAACUUUAGAGAGUGUUUCCUCAAGAUCACCAAAGAGCGACAGCAUCACUACAGCUCCAUUCGCUCCAAGCUUGACCACAUGGUGACACUGCUGUCCCACAAGAGGGAGUUGGUGGAUCUCACCAACCUGCCGUUGAGACCCGGCCUGAACAGAGGACGCAAGGCCCAGCAGGAGGCCAGACAGCCAAACACUAACAUUGACAGUGGGAUUAUGGGCACGUGGCCCAAGUCAAGGGGUUUGCAAUAACAUGAACUCAUGAAAAUUACCCAAAGAUGAGUCAAAUAUAGACAAAUCCAAGCUUUUUUAAAAUCAAAAUAGUCUAUAUUUUGAAACAUCCCAGCAUUUUUAUAGGGUAUGUUUUAGUGCAGCACUUUUUGUAAAAUCUGAUAUUUUAUAUGGUGAUAUUUGAAUAUAUGCAAGAGACAAAUGUGCAAAGAUACGGUUUCUUAUUUUUGGAUGAGGGUUUAUUGUCUUUGAAUGCUGUAUAGUAAAAAAAAAAAAAAACAACCAAAGUGCUAUGAUGAAAUCCUGUUCAGAAAUGUUUUGUGUUUGUUUGGAUGUUUUUCUGUUUCUGGGUUGCUUGAAGUUGUGGAGUACUGAUCUUCUUUGUUACACUACUACUGCUUUAUCGGUAUGAAAACAACAGUCACUCACUUUUGAGUGUUUGAUGUGCCUUGAAUGAUGUUGGUGAAAGGAAUGAAUCGAAACAAUUGUGCUAAAUUGGAAACUUUUGGUGUCUUCGAUGCGCUCGAGGCAUUUGAAUAUUUCAUCAAGGAUGCAGAAUUGUUUAAAAAACAAAAUAUGUUAAAUUAUUCAUCAUUGGCUUGUUGCAAUAAAACAGUUGAUUUGAUGAA